AUGUUGAGCUAUUCUACAUUAUUCAGCAUCGCUUGCUUAUUGCCUCAAGCUUUUGCUCUUCUUAGAGUCCCAGUUGGUCCUCAAGGUGACCUUUUCCCAGGCUUAACCAAAAAAGAUACCGUUGAUGUUGAUACCAGUGUUCAAACUUACAUCAUUCCAGGUACAAAAUUUUAUUUUGGUAGUGAACAUGAAGCAGCUUUCGUUUCAUUUGACACAGGUUCUUAUACUAGUUAUGUCCAAGAUAGCUCAAUCUCCAAAAAUGGGUUUGAUGGUAAUAAAUCAACAACUUUAGCUAGAUUAGGUAAAGAGUACCAAGUUAACUAUGCUGAUGGUACUGGAUUCAAAGGUGAAUGGGUUGCAGAUGACGUUGCAUUUGAUUCACAAUUCUCUCAACACACAAAUUUAACUUUUGGUUUAGUCACUGAUGCCUCAGAUUCAUCUAAUAUUUUUGGUUUGGGUUACUACCCAGAUUCUCCAGAUCCAACAUUCAUUGGUACUUUAUUCGCUCAAGAAGUUAUUUCAAAAAGAGUUUUUUCAGUCUAUCAAGAUGAAAUUUCAAAAGGUGAAUUCACUUUCGGUGGUGUUGAUACUGCUAAAUUCGAUGGUGAUCUAGUCGCUGUUCCAGUUAUUGAUGACCAAGCUUGGAAUGUUAAAUUAUUUGAUGUCUUUUAUGGCUGUGAAAGUUUAACAAAUGGUAACACAUACCCAAUCUUGAUUGAUUCAGGUUCCAGUACUGGUCUUUAUUUCCCAGAAGAUGUCUUCUACAAAUUAAUCAAUGAAUUAGAAGCUCAAUACGAAUCAAACCAAAAGGCUUAUGUUUUUGAAUGUGGUAAAUCCAAAUCUAUUACUCUUGAUUUCGGUGGUGUUCAAAUUGAAAUUCCAUCUUCAUCUUUUGUCCAACAAGUCCCAAACUCUGAUUAUUGUGCUGCCAACUGGAGAAUCAGUUCUGAAGGUUCUUUCCAAUUAGGUUGGACUUUCUUUGAUAACUUCUAUUUUGUUUUUGAUGUUGAUAACAAGGAAGUUUUAAUUGGUAAACCAAACAAGAAAGUCACUGACUCAAACAUUGUUGAAGUUACUGAUUCAGUUCCAAGCUCAACUAAAGCCGCUAGUUAUUCACAAACUGAAACUUCCACUGGUAACUCAAUUGAUUAUACCUCUGCUUCAACUGUCAGUUUAUUUGCUUCUUCUGCUUCUUUAGGUUCAUAUUACACUGGUUCAACUGGGUUCACCACUUGUACCGCUUCAAGCUCAAGUGCCUCCUCAUCUGCUUUCUCAUCAAGCUCUGCUAUUUCAUCAUCUGUUUCAUCAUCUGUUUCAAGUGCUGUUUCCAGCUCAAGCGCCAUCUCAAGCUCAAGUGCCAUCUCAAGCUCAAGUGAUGCUUCAAGUGUCAGCUCUGCUGCUGCAGGCCAAUCCAGUUCUGUCUCAUCUGUUGAAUCAUCAUCGUCAUUAUCAUCAUCAAUUGAAUCAAGCUCAAGCUCAAUCUCUUCUGUUGAAUCAAGCUCUGAAUCAUCAUCUGCUUCUUCAGUUGUUCAAUCAUCAAGCUCAAUUGCCUCUGAUGCUGGUGCAUCAAGUGGUUCAGUUUCAUCAUCUGCUGAAUCCUCAUCAUUCUAUUCACCAUCAUCAUUCUCAACAAUCACACCAUCCUCUUCAUCAAGCUCUCAAGUAGUUGCUUCAUCAAGUUCAAACUCUAUCUCCUCAUCAUUCGGUGGUUAUUUCAACAAUUCAGGUCCAUCAACUGCUCUAUCAUCUGAAUCAUCAUCAACUCCAUUAACUUCUGAAUCAUCAUCAUCAUCCGCUUUACCAAGCUCUACUGCUAGUCCAUCUAUCAAUGGUUCAUUUGUUGAUGGUGCACCAGUUUGGGAUAUCCAAAUUCCAAGUGAACUUGGUCCAUGGGCUCAAAUUUCUAUCUCCUCAGAAGAUAAUGAAGAAAUCACUUUCAAGGAUAUUAUUUCUACUAUUGAUGGUUCAAGAGUUGCUCCAGCAGUUUAUCAGAAGAACCAAGAUUCAUUCAACUACAACUAUGAUGAUACCAUUGAAGAAGGUCAAGUUUUCGUCGCACGUAUUUUUGCUAAUGCAAUCACUGCUGCUUCAGCUACUAUUGAUGUUACCGUUGCAAUCACUGAUAACACUGGUGCUAGAUUUGUCAAGAGAGCCACUCAAACAUUUGAUUUGAGUAAUACCAUUAAUGCUCCAGCAUCAACUGUCGUUUCUGCUGUUCCAUCUGAUGCUUCAAGUGCUCCAGGCUCAUUUUCUUCUGCAGCUCCUGCUUCAACUACUGAUGACUCUCAAAUCUCAUCCUCAGGUGCUCCAACUAGUACUGCAGCUCCUGCUUCAUCAAUCGCUUCAUCUUCUGCUUCAUCCAAUGGUACAUCAACAGAUGCUCCAGUCUCUAAUGCACUAACUUCAAAAGCUUCAGCUUCUGCCGGUAUACCAUCUACAUCCACUGCUAUUGUUGAAGAAGACAAGACUACUAUUGCAACUGUUACUUCAUGUUCUGAUAAUGCUUGUGUUGAACACACAACAACUGCUGCUGUCACUACUGUCACUAAGAGAAUUGGUAACAUUGUCAAUAUUUACACCACUUACUGUCCAUUAAGUGCUGAAAGCUCAGAAUUAGGCGCAUCAACAACUACACAAGCUGUUACUACUACUGCACCAUCACUACAAAUUCAAACACAAGCAACAACAGAUGCUGCUCAACCUCCAGCUCAAGAAUCAAACACAGGUUCUGAAACUGUCGAAGGUACAUCUACUGAAGUUGUUCAAGUUACCUCUACUUUACCAAAUGGUGAUGUUACCACUGUUGCUUCAACUCCAGCUGCUUCAACCCCAGUUACUUCAUCUCCAUCUGUCCCAUCACCAAACAAUGCUGAAGAAACAUCAACACAAAUUGUUCAAGUUACUUCCACUUUACCAAACGGUGAUGUUACAACUAUUGCUUCAACUCCUGCUGCUACUAACACUGGUGCUUCUGAAGCUACUUCUGAAACUCCAGCUGAAACUACACCAGUUACUCAACCUGAACAAUCAUCAAAUGAAUCAGAAGGUACUUCAACCCAAUUUGUUCAAGUUACAUCAACACUUCCAAAUGGUGAAACCACAGUUGUUCAAUCUCCAGCUUCUACACCAGCUGAGCAAACUACAAAUCAAGCUCCAGUUAGUUCCAAGGUUAUCCCAACUUCAACUGGUGAUGACACAACAUAUUAUGUUACCCAAUUAAUCACUGAAACUACAAAACCAUCAUCAGCACCAGCUAUUUUCACCCAACCAUCAUACAAUGGUACAAAUGGAACUCAAGGUAAUUCACCAAGUGCUCCAUCUCCAGCAUCAGUUUCUGCUUAUGAAGGUGCUGGUAAUAGAUUAGCAGUUGGUUUGUUAGGUGCUAUUCCAAUUGUUAUGAUGUUUUUCUGA